GUCUUAUAAUUCAAUUAUAAUAAUAAUUAUAAUUAAAUAUAAACUGCAAUAAAAUGAUGAGAAUAUUAGCGAUAGUGUUGUCAGUCUUAGCCCUCGUCUCAGCCCAUCCUCUCAUUCAAGAGACCAAUGAUUUGGAAAUUAUUGCCAAAAAUAUUCUCUCGAACAUUUCCAGUCAUUUGAAUGCAAACCAAACUUUGAAUGAAUUUCUGUCCAAAACUGAUAUCAAUAAAAGACCUGAAAAUGAACUCAAAGCUAAUGACGGACUCAUUAUUACGGAAGCGAUCGGAAGUCUCGGAGCGACAGUUGUUUUGGUCAGAAGUGGCCAAAAGUCAGUCAAAAUAAGCAAUGUCUACGGCUUGGGUGCGGGCGCUGUGGCCAACAUUAAUGGCGGUAAAAAUGGCCGCAAAAAUGUGGACGAAAAACAAGAAGUGAAGACAAUUACCGAAUCUUUAUAUGAGAAAUAUAUGAAAUCCUUGGAUUCAAAGGACUCUUCGGUUGGUCUAUUGGUUUUGGCCGAAGGACUGAACGCUGGGGAGGCUGUGAUCGCCACCCGUGAGGGUUGGCUCGAUGUUAAGGGCGCCUCCGGUUUUAGACUCGGCUCCUAUACUGAGGUCUCGACCAAAGGUUAAAUUGUUGCAAAAAUAUAAUGUAUAAAUAAUUGCCACUUGUAUUUAUAUUUAUUACUUACUUUACAAUUAAAUAAAGUUAAAUCUAAUAUAUUAAAUUAAUAAUAAA